AUGCCUUCUCAUGGGGGCCAACAGGUCGACGACGAUGAUCCAUAUGCACCUCGAUCUGCCUCAGAGUACUACGCAUCGUCGUCCUCGUCUUCACCCUCGUCGUCGUCAUCGUCUGCCGCUUCCUCGUCGAGCUCAUCCAGAGGCACGAGCACGCCAGGCACCACUCCGUCGGGCUCCGCGCGUCGGACGGAGCGAGAGCGCUCGCCGCUGCAGGAAGCUCCGCUCUUUGGCGGAGAGCCAUUUCGGGAAUCUCGUCGGACCCGAGGCCCCCCACCCACGUCGGGGUCAAGAGGCCAGCCGAGGUCGAGGCCGUUGGACGAUUACGACGACGCGGACCCGCUGCGCUUUGCAGGUGGCGAUGGUCAGGACGCCAGCGGGGGAACAGGGCGAGAGGCAGAGGUGGACGAUGAGGCAGAGGGGCAGACCGAUGGCUUCUAUGCCUUGCUCAACGUGCAGCGGGAUGCCACUGACGAUGAGAUUCGAGACGCAUACAGGGCUCUGGCUGUCGUUCUGCAUCCCGACAAACACACCACGCCCGAGCUCAAGACGGCGGCUGACGCACGCUUCCGGGCAGUGCAGCGAGCGUACGAGGUCCUGUCCGACCCAGAAAGGCGAUCCGUGUAUGACCACUUUGGCGAAGCAGGUCUCGCCCACUCCUGGUCCGUCGUCGCCCCAAAUCGGCGCGGUGGGCCCCGCAGCGCUCAGGAGAUGCGAGACGAGUGGGAGCGGGCGGCACGCGAGAAGCGCGACGAGGACCUGGAGAACCUCGUGAGGAGCAAGGGCGAGUUUGCCGUCAACGUCGACGCCAAUAGCCUCUUUUGCGCAGCGUCGAGGGUACCGAGGGGAGAAAACGUCAUGAGGUUUGUUAGGAUGGAGGUGGAGCGCAUGAGGAGGGAGGGUCUGCUGCCUGAGGAUGGAAAAGUCUCCAUCCCCAUCCCACCCGUCAGCUGGAGCGAGAGAAUGAGCCGGGUGGGCGUCACACAGCUCGUUGGAAAGCAUGGCUGGGAAACACCCAUAACGUCGCACUCGCGCGCCUCGCUGCAGGGUCAAAUGGUCAGCCGUAACGGCACGGGAGGCGGCAAUCUGAUCGGGACUGUCAAGACACAGUGGAACCAUCGCUUCAGCACCGAGAUUUCAACGACGAUGAUGAAGCCACGGAUCUUUGUCGUCAAAGGACAGUACGAGAUCACCGAAUUCAGCUUCCUGACCUUUGUCGCCACGGCCGCCACACCCGCGGCUCCUCCGGCCCUCAACCUUACCUUUGCCCAGCGUCUGUCUGCAAAGUCAGCUACCACCGGCUUCACCACCCUCAAGUCGGGGUCCUACACCAUCGGACCGUGGGGCAAAGGCUCGUCCUCGGGCCUGCGCGUCGAGACACCAACCAUCGGCGUGGGUGUCACCUCACAGAGCGGCGAUGGCAAGGGAUGGACCUUGACGACGCUCGUGGGCGCCGACAACGUGGGGCUGUCAGCCGACUAUUCUAUGAGGCCCGCCAUCUUGGGUGCGGCCAAGGUGCGGCUCGGGGCAACGGUGGGCACGGGCGUCGGCGUGAGCGCCUACACGAAUCUGGAACGGCGAGUAACAGAGAACGUACGACUGGGAAUGGGCCUCAGCUGCGGGAUUCCUUCGGGCGGCGUGACGCUUCGUCUCAAGGCCAAUCGACUCGGCCAGAGGGUCACCGUCCCCAUCCAGCUCGCCCCCGAGUUCAGGUCGGAUCUCGCUGUUGCUUGCGCGAUUCUUCCACUCGUCAGUCUGACGGCGCUCGAGCACCUGUACCUGCGACCGGCCAAGAAGCGACGGAUCGCGGACAAGCUUGCUAAGCUGCGGAAGGACAACGUCGAGCUGAUCGAGGAGCGCAAGCGGGCCGCGCUCGAAGCGAGAAUGGUGCUGAGCCAGGGCGCGAGGAAGAAGGCGGAGGCAGAGAGAAGAAGGGGAGGACUCGUCAUUCUCGAAGCCUAUUAUGGAAAGAAGGAUCGUGUACCGGGCCGGGCAGAGGGCCCGAUGGACGAGGCUGAGUUGUUCAGGUCGGCUUGGCCCUCGUCACAGCAGCCAAGGGACGAGGGCGUCGGCGCUUUGGAGGAGGACGAGGGUCACGAGCAGGAGGCGGACGUGGCUUGGUGGGAUGUCAAGACUCCGCUAAUGACGCUCGUCAGUCGAGGCCAACUCGUCAUCCCGGGAGGUCGCUCAAAGAGCAAGCUUCUUGGCUUCUUCGACCCUUGCAUGGGCGAGCGAAAGCACCUCGUCGUUCGAUACUUGUUCAGGGGACGGCUGCACGAGGCUGUCGUCGACGAUGUCACUCAGCUUGCCUGCCCUUUGAGAGCUCAUCAACUCUAA